AUGCGCCAACCGGCCACGUAUCCCAAUCUGGAAGAAAUGUGCGCGACGUUGGAAAAGUUGUUGUUGGGGUUCUCGACAGUCAUCUUGGUGAUCGAUGCCCUGGAUGAGUGUAAGGGACCAGAGAGACCUGACGAGAGGCCAUGGAAAUAUAUUCUCACCCUGAUGUUUCAGAUGCAAAAGAAGCUGGAGCCCCAGGUGGCUAUCAAGGUGCUUGCAACUUCACGACCAGAUCUGGAAAUUGACGAAUUUUUCCCAGAAGAGGAACGGCUAACAAUCUACGCAAGAGAUGACGACCUUGCCCAGAAGAUCGAGCUGCACUCAAGGAUUAAAGAGGCUAUCUGUGAGAGCGCUAGGGGCAUGUUUUUAUUGGCGAAACUGCACUGCGACACCCUCGCGACAAAAACAAAACCCAAGGACGUGUUACAAGCACUUAAGGCCUUUGGCGGGGAUGGCGAUGCUCUUGCUUACCAGGACACUCUCCAAAGGAUACAGAACCAACCCAAAGAACACAGAGCACUCGGUAAGAAGGUCUUGGUUUGCGUCACCUAUAGCGCUCGGCCACUAACUCUAGACGAACUGCGGCAUGCGCUCGCCGUCGAUGAAGAAACCAAAGAACUGGAUCAGGAGUACGACUUAGACAAUCCUGACGACGUGAUCUCAAGUUGUGCCGGCCUGGUGACAGUUGACUCUGAGAGCAACAUCAUUCGUUUAGUCCAUUAUACCACACAGAGCUUUCUGGAAUCGCUCAGGAACCAACUGAUGUCAGAUCCCCAUGAAUUCAUAGCCAGUUGCUGUUUGAAUUAUCUGCACCUGGAUGCUUUCGAAGGCCACCUCAACAACUAUGGGUUUGGAAGUAGCCGAAAGUUUCCGUUCUUAAGAUAUAGAUGA